GCCGUAAAGCCAGUCGAAAAAAAACCAAGGAUGGAAAAUGUAAAGUGAAAUUUUAAGACUUGGCAACACUGAACACUAUCCCAUUCUCUGUGAUCUCCAUCUUUUUGUCAAGAUGCCUCCCAAGAAGCAACCCGAAAAAUCAGGGUCCUCUGGGACUAAGCCCGCAGAGAAAAAACCUCCAACUGCUAAAACACCCGCCGCGGCUCCAAAAGCUGCAUCUGCGAGUAGUACGAGUGCACCAAAACCAGCGUCUGCUAAAACUCCCGCUCCUGCUCCUAAAGCAGCUGCUGCUGCCGCACCUAAGACGACGCCAGCGCCCAAGCCAGCACCAGCCAAAGCAGCCUCAGCACCAGCAGCCAAACCUGCUGAAAAGAAACCAACUGCUGCACCCACUGCCAAGCCUGGCUCUGCUAAAGCAGCUGCUUUGAAAGCUAAGUCUAGUGCCAAGCCAUCGGUUAAAAAGGCAGCCGCUGCAUCUAAACCAACUAAACCAAAACCAGCAGCAGCCAAAUUGAAAAUUGCACCCAAACCCAAGAAGACAGGAAUCAAGGGACAAAAGAAAGUUGUAAAACCAGUAGUUAAGGCACUUAAAACUCAAAGGAAGGUUGUUAAAGGAGAGCAUGGAAAGCGUGUACGUAAGAUUCGCACAUCUGUGCACUUCCGUAGGCCCAAAACAUUUGAGCCUCCAAGAAAUCCUAAAUACCCCAGGAAAUCUCUACCCAAGAGAAAUCGUAUGGAUGCAUACAACAUCAUUAAAUUCCCCUUGACCUCUGAAGCUGCAAUGAAGAAGAUUGAGGACAACAAUACCUUGGUAUUCAUUGUACACACGAGCUCUAACAAGCACCACAUCAAAGCUGCUGUCAAGAAGCUAUAUGACAUCAAUGUUGCUAAAGUGAACACACUUAUCAGACCUGAUGGCAAGAAGAAGGCGUAUGUAAGACUCGCAAGAGACUACGAUGCGUUAGAUGUUGCCAAUAAGAUUGGAAUCAUAUAAGCACUGUACAAUAUUUUUAAAAAUACAAAAUUUAUAAACAUGAA